AUGGACGCAGCAGCUGUGGCCGCCGCCGCGUCGGAGAUCCCAUGUGUCCGACAGCCGUUCUUCACUAACAAUUGGAACUCCUCGUUGCUCGUUCUGCGUAGGCCCGCAGUAAAUCUUACGCCAAAGUUUUCACCCAGAAAACUCAGCCGCACCACUUGUUGUACGUCGCCGUACCACUCCCCUAUCUUUUUGUUCAACUCAAAUGCUAGGGUUCCCUUUCGGUUGUGUUCCUUCAAAACCAGUUGUUUGAAUGACAAUGUCAGUGAUUCCGCGGGGGCUGUAAGUUUUGAGACUAUUUUAGCAAGGAGAACAAUAGCCAUUGCCGCCGUAGCUGUUGGGGUCCUAUUUAUAUUUAGAGGGCAAAGGACAUUGGCGGUGGAGGGUGUUGUGAGUACGGGUUACGGGGUCUGGGAGCGGAGCUUGUUGGCUCUGAGGAGCUCAUGGCCCAAGGUUUUGCAGGUUCUGACUCUUUUCAGGGAACAGGGUUUGAUUCUUGCGGCUCUACUAGGGCUAUCCGCGUUUUUCUCCAUGGCAGAGACCUCCAUCACAACGCUUUGGCCUUGGAAGGUGAGGGAAUUGGCUGAAAAAGAGUCUGAGAAUGGUGUCUUCAAAAUGCUACGAAAUGACGUUACUCGAUUUCUGACGACAAUCCUCAUUGGCACCACAGUUGUGAAUAUUGGUGCUACAGCAUUAGUCACUGAAGCUGCUACUGCCAUAUUUGGUGAAGCUGGUGUCAGUGCAGCUACUGGAGUCAUGACAGUUGCUAUUCUGCUUCUCACUGAAAUUACUCCGAAAAGUAUAGCUGUUCACAAUGCCACUGAGGUCGCAAGGUUUGUGGUCAGACCAGUGGCAUGGCUUUCACUUGUACUGUAUCCUGUCGGCAGAGUCGUAACGUAUUUGUCAAUGGGAAUGCUGAAAUUGCUAGGUUUGAAAGGAAGAAGCGAACCAUAUGUAACUGAGGAUGAACUAAAAUUGAUGUUACGUGGAGCUGAGUUAAGUGGGGCAAUUGAGGAGGAAGAACAGGACAUGAUUGAAAAUGUGUUGGAAAUAAAAGAUACUCAUGUUAGAGAGGUGAUGACACCUCUUGUUGAUGUUGUUGCCAUAGAUAGCAGUGCAACACUUGUUGAUUUUCAUAACUCCUGGGUGGAGCAUCAAUACUCCAGGGUUCCUGUCUUUGAGGAGCGAAUUGACAACAUUGUUGGUAUUGCAUAUGCAAUGGAUCUUUUGGAUUAUGUGCAGAAGGGGGAACUUCUAGAAAGUUCAGUGGUGGGAGAUAUGGCCCACAAACCUGCAUACUUUGUUCCUGAUUCAAUGUCUGUGUGGAAUCUUCUUAGAGAAUUUCGCAUCAGGAAGGUACACAUGGCUGUUGUUCUGAAUGAAUAUGGAGGAACAGUUGGUAUUGUGACACUUGAAGACGUGGUUGAAGAAAUUGUUGGUGAAAUUUUUGAUGAAAAUGAUUCAAAGGAGGAAAUUCGGAAAAAAACUGGGUAUGUGGUUAUGCGUGCUGAUGGUAUAUAUGACGUGGAUGCUAAUACAUCUAUCGACCAGCUCUCUGAAGAUCUAAACAUUAAAAUGCCAGAGGGUCAUCAGUAUGAAACGGUGUCAGGUUUUGUCUGUGAGGCAUUUGGGUAUAUCCCGAGGACAGGUGAGACCAUAAAAGUAGUCCUUGAAAGAGCUAGUCAAGAAGAUCAUGGUGAUUAUAAUGGGGCAGAAUCUAACCGUCUAGAUGAAAACGAGAAGACUCAUACAUUUAAACUUGAGAUAUUAGCUGGGAAUGCAAGAAAGGUUAGUGCUGUUCGGUUUGAACGAAUAAACAAUGAAGAGGCGCCACCGGGGGCCAAAGACGUUACUGUUUUGGUAACGAAAAUUAGGAAAAGAAAAUCAGGCAGUGAUGACGAAUUAGCUAGUACAGAGGUUGACGAGGAUCCAGUUCACGAAGUAGCAAAUGAUUAUGUGUCUAUACAGGAAGACAGUAAUAAGGAUCAGUCGAGCAAUUAG